GCAUACACCGGAAAUAUUGAAUAAUUUCCGGGACGUGGCUACGGGGGACAACGGUGGUUGAAAACGGUUUUGUAUUCGGAGAGCUGGAAUGGCCAUGUCGGUGCAUUUUCCUCCCUCUCCUCCACUCCUUACAAUCAUACCAAGCAGAAGCAGAAGCAGAAGCAGUGGUAUUGGUCGCCCAUCACCGUUGUUCUCUGCAUACCCACGUGCAGAGAGCAAACCCUUUAGCCGGAGACCACAACCACGGAGGAUAACAACGAGAGCUCUCAGGGAAUGGAAAGAGUACGAGGACGCAGUCAAGGAUAAAGACCUCGCUCGAGCUCUUCGCUUCCUCCUCAAAGACAACCCCAUCGAACCCGACAACUCUUCGAUUCAAGACUCCACUCGGCUUCCCGAUGCUGAAUUGGGCUGGGUUGGAUGGGAGAGGGAUUGGGAGGUUUUGGAUACAUGCUUGAAUGCCGAUGAUAUGACCCUUGUUGGGGCUGCCUACUGCUUUCUCAAGGACAAGGGGUUUUUGCCCAAUUUUGGGAAAUUUCGAAAUAUUGUUUUGGAGGGUCCAAGAGAUGUUACACCAAGCAUUUUGAAGACUUCAACUGGGUUGGAAGUGUCCAAACUUUCACCAAAGAAGUGGGGUCUUUCUGGAAGCUCUAGUGUUGUUUUGGUUACUUUCCUUGGUGGGGUAUCUUUUUUGCUAAAUAAAGGAAUAGAUAUCAGACCUAAUCUUGCAGCUGUAUUGGGAUUGGCCUUGAUAGACUCUAUCUUCCUUGGUGGUUCAUGUUUAGCUCAAAUCUCAAGUUACUGGCCACCAUAUAGGCGGCGUAUUCUUGUUCAUGAAGCAGGACAUCUUCUUACAGCAUACCUUAUGGGCUGCCCAAUUCGUGGAGUAAUUUUAGACCCAAUUGUGGCAAUGCAAAUGGGUAUUCAAGGACAGGCAGGAACACAGUUUUGGGAUGAGAAACUUCAAAAUGAGCUUGCUGAAGGCCGACUAAGCAGUACUGCCUUUGACAGGUACUGCAUGGUGCUUUUUGCUGGAAUUGCUGCCGAAGCUCUUGUCUAUGGCGAAGCUGAGGGUGGAGAAAAUGAUGAAAACCUGUUCAGGAGUGUCUGUAUUCUUUUGGAACCUCCACUGUCUGUUGCACAGAUGUCAAAUCAAGCAAGAUGGUCAGUUCUGCAGUCUUAUAAUCUGCUCAAAUGGCAUAAACAAGCUCAUCAAGCUGCUGUAAAAGCUUUGGAAAGUGGUGGCAGUCUAAGCAGCGUCAUCAGGAGAAUUGAGGAAGCCAUGUCUUCCAAUAGAUGAAAAAGAACCCCCCCCCCCCCCUCAUUUUAAAAAAAAGGUGACCUCGCUCUCUCUCUCAUAUUUUUCUUGGGCGCUGAUUCUGGAAUUGACAUGAGUGCAGUGUACCCAAGCUUGUAACUUUGGCAGGAGAGAAUGAGUAGGAGGCAUAAGAAGUCCAGUCCAAAAUGUUAUAGCCAAUACUCAUCACUUACCUGUCGUGAUCAAUGGCCUUUGAUUUAAAGUUGGUUUCAAAUUUUCACCUGGUGGGUAGGACUCUGUGGAAGAUAAAUGUAUUGAAGUUAUUAUUUGUUUGUAACAAUAAAAAUUUGGACACAAUACAUUCCAAAGGUUUAGGACACUGAAAGAUUAGAAAAAUCAUGGGGUGAAGUGGAAAAUUUCACCCUACAAAUCUAGGGUCUAGCUUCUCAUUUGAAAGGCUAUAGAAUGUGGAUUCUCAUGGUGCUACCAUUUCUUGACAUGGUGCCUCGCAGAGAUGAGGUUGGUUGGAGCAUUUACGGUUGUAGAUUGCCAUUUUUUGCAGAAGCAGCUUCCACAGAGGCCUGGUGGCCAUGAUUAGUUUUUUAUGUUCUUAAUAUUAUCUGCACUUCCCUUUAAUUGAAAAUGAUGUAUUAGAGUUGAUUGACUGUGAAUUAAAGUUGUACAGGUAUAAACUAUUUAUUCUUCUUUUCCAA